AUGGUCAAGUCGACUAUUAUUGCCCGUGUAUCCGAUGGCCUUCCAUUAGCUGCCAGCAUGGACGAUGAACAGGUAGAAACCGAGUUGGCCGAAUACAAAGCCCAAGCCAAGACUAUCUUCAAACGUCUCAAUGCUCAUUCCGAACCGAGAUGUUCGAUCGAAUCGGGUGCCUACGUGUUUCACUAUAUCAUUGAAGGCAACGCUUGUUAUCUCUGCAUCUGUGACAAGUCUUAUCCUCGCAAGUUGGCAUUCAGCUAUCUGGAAGAAUUGGUUAAGGAAUUCAAUAUGAGCUAUGGCAGUGAAGUUGACAAGCCAGGUUUGCGACCUUAUGCAUUUGUCAAGUUUGAUACUUUCAUGCAAAAGACAAAGCGCAUCUAUCAAGAUACCAGAACACAAAACAACCUUACAAAGUUGAAUGAGGACUUGCAGGAUGUGACACGUAUCAUGACCAAGAACAUGGAGGAUUUGUUAUGGCGUGGUGACAGCUUAGACCGGAUGAGUCAAUAUUCUGGUGAGCUCAAGGAUAGUGCAAAAAUGUUCAAAGACAAAGCACGCCAUUUGAAUCUGCAAGCAUUGUAUCGAAAAUAUGGUCCACCUGCUAUCAUUGUCUCUGUGAUCCUAGGUGUGUUGAUGCUUAGGUAUUACGUCUUUUAG